UUUCACCAUUUGGCCAGGCUGGUCUUGAACUCUAGACCUUGUGAUUCACCUGUCUCAGCCUCCCAAAGUGCUGGGAUUACAGGUGUGAACCACCAUGCUUAGCCUGUAAUUCUUUAACUAGGUCUACCUUGCAUUUAAAUGUAUUCACUUAAUUAUUAAUUUCAGAUAUAUGUUUUUAAAUCUGAAUUUCUUUUUAACUUUUUAUUGUAUUCAUUUUACUGUCAAUCAUUCAAUCUUGCUUUUUAGCUGUUUGAACAUAUCAAAUAUAGUAAUUUAAAAAUCUCUAUGGGUAGCUCCAGUAUAAGUAUGGAUUUGUUUCUAUUGUGUGCUGUUUCUCUUGGUUUUCUAUCAUGUUUUAUUUACCUUGAUUUACCUUGUUUAUGAUGAAUGAGAGUCAGUGAACAUUUUAAAAAAUCAUAGAGAUAAUUUGAAGCUAGAAGAAUGUUCUUUUCAUCCAGACAAGAUUUAUUUUGUUUCUGCCAUAUGGCUGUGGACACUAGCAAUUCUCAUUUACUUUAAUUCAAUCAAGGAUUGAGAUUACUGGAGUAGGAAAUUAACUCUGUCUGCUUCCAGUCCAUACUUACUUCUUCCCUGUAGCUCUUUUCUUAAAUUUUUUAAAAAAUUGUAUGUCAAUAGCAUUUGGAGUGUAAGUGUUUCUUUGUUACAUGGAUGAAUUAUAUAGUGGUGAAUUUCGAGGUUUAGGGCAUCCAUCGCCCAAGUAGUGUAUACUGUAUCUAAUAUGCAAUUUUUUGUUUUUUGUUUUUUUAAUCCCUAGCCCCUCUUCACCCUCUCCUUUCUGAGUCUCUAAAGUCCAAUAUAUCAGUCUCUAUGCCUUUGCGUACUCGUAGCUUAGCUCCCAGUUAUAAGUGAGAACAUAAGGUUUUUGGUUUUCCCUUUAGAAUCCCGAACUGUAGUCUAAGGGAAAGGUUUCCAAGCUACUCUCCUUAUUGCACUCCAAAGUAUGAUGUUUAUCUCCCUAACUCUGUGAGUUUAGUAAAAGCUUUGCUUGACUUUUCAGCAUCUCACGUGCCUUUUCUGAAUUUGACAGAUGCACAUCAGAAAAGUGCUCCCAAAUGCUUAUCUUAUCUCUCUUUAUUAACUUCUCCAAAUCUUUGCCAAUAACUAUGUCUUAACUGCCUUGUUUGCUCUUUAGAGCAUUGUAACACAUGUAUUUUCAUAGUUUAUCCUGCUUUUCCAGUUUUUUUCAUUGAAAUAAUUGUCAUGAUGACCAAUAGUCUAGUAUGCUGCUGUAGGACUUCUAUAGCUGUUAUCUCCGUUCAUAUUUCAGUUUCUUUAUGUGUUUUUUCCUACAUGAAUUCCUGGGUUCCAUUUCCUAAUUCAUACAUUGGCAAAUGAUGAAUGUAAUAUGAUGAUGAUGGCCUGUGUUCCAGCCACAUACUCUUUUAAAGAAAAUUUUACUGGAACACAGUCAUGUCCUCUUGUUUACAUAUUACCUAUGACUUAUUUUGCAUUACAGUGGCAAAGUUGAGUAAUUGUGGAAGAGACCAUAUGGCCUACAAAGGCUAAAAUUAUUUACCAUCUUGUUCGUUAUGAAAAAGUUUGCUGACUCCUAUUCUGAUUUUUUAUUCUUUAACAUUCUGAAGUUUGUCAAUUGAUUUAAACAUUUUAAUGACUUUUUCCUUUCUAAAUAAUAUAUUUUUUAUCUACCUACUACUGUGCCAUUCUAUAUUUUUUGCCUUAAUCAAAUAAUGUGUUUUAAUUAAGUCAGUGAAAAAAAGAACUGACUGAAAGUAGAAGCGAAAAUCUAAGCUAUAAGCGACUAUAUUAUACAAGCUUCUCAAAAUAUAAUUGUUUUUCCAUUAGAUAUAGAAAUAUGGAAGUGACCACAAGAUUGACAUGGAAUGAUGAAAUUCACCUGCGAAAGCUGCUUGGAAAUGUUUCUUUGAGUCUUCUCUAUAAGUCUAGUGCUCAUGGAGAUAGUAUUGAAGCUAUGUUGCAAAGAUGCAGCCAUCAGGGAUGUACUGUAACAAUGUUUUACAUUAAUUGCAAUAUCAUUGUAGCCUUUAUGCUUGGAGAUUAUUCUAAUUUAUAUGAAAAUUCUGCAGAGCUAAAUGAUUCCUUCUGGUUUUCAGUUCAAAAGAAAGAUGAUGCCACUGAAAUAGAAACUUUACUCUUAAAUAUAGCACCACAAAUUAGUGAUAAAGAAUUGGUUGGUCGUUCCUUGAAAAAGGAUAUUUUCCUUAUACGGCUAUAUAAUAACACAAUUUAUCUAACUGACGUGAUAACAAAAAAGUUGAAACUAGACUUUUACGGCUUCAAAAAAUAUUUGGAAUGUGAAGUUUUUCGAGUUGAAGGAUUUAAGGAUAACCUAGACUAUGCAAAGAAGAUAAUGAAAGCUGGAGAGCACAGAAAUAGGCUUCUAGCAGAAAUCAGAGAUUACAAGCCCUAUGCAGACUUGGUUCCAGAAAUUCGUAUUCUUUUGGUGGGUCCAGUUGGGUCUGGAAAGUCCAGUUUUUUUAAUUCAGUCAAGUCUAUUUUUCAUGGCCAUGUGACUUGCCAAGCCAUCGUGGGAUCUGAUGUCACCAGCAUUACUGAACAGUAUAGGAUAUAUUCUGUCAAAGAUGGAAAAAAUGGAAAAUCUCUGCCAUUUAAGUUGUGUGACACCAUGGGACUAGAUGAGACAGAGGGAGUAGGACUAUGCAUUGGUGACAUCCCCCACAUCUUAAAAGGUUGUGUGCCAGACAGAUAUCAGUUUAAUCCCCAUAAACCAAUUACACCUGAGCAUUCUACUUUUAUCACCUCUCCAUCACUGAAGGACAGGAUUCACUGUGUGGCUUAUGUCUUAAACAUCAAUUCUGUUGACAAUCUCUCCUCUAAAAUGCUGGCAAAAUUCAAGAAAGUUCACAAAGAAGUAUUAAGCUGUGGUAUAGCACAUGUAGCCUUGCUUACUAACGUGAGUAAUUGCAGUGAGGUUCUUCAAGACAACUUUUUAAACAUGAGUAGAUCUGUGACUUCUCAAAGCAAGGUCACAAUUGUCAAUAAAAUGCUAGGCAUCCCUAUUUCCAAUAUUUUGAUGGUUGGAAAUUAUGCUUCAGAUUUGGAACUGAACCCUAUGAAUGAUAUUCUGAUCCUCUCUGCACUAAGGCAGAUGCUGCGGGCUGCAGAUUCCUUCUUAGAAGAUUUGCCUUUUGAGGAAACUGGUGCAAUUGUGAGAGUGUUACAGCCCUGCAUUUGAUAUCCUUGACUCUGGAUAUCCUUGACUCUGACAUUUGGGCCAAUGUGUAUUGGCGUGCCUCCAUAAGAGUCAAUCUCCAUUGACAGCUGCCUUCAGAUUUUGCUUCUGUUCAUUUUUCCUUCUGUCCUUGGAACAGUCAUAUCUGAAGUUGAAAGGCCAAACCCGAGAAGCAGUGGGCUAAGAUAGGUCCUACCACAAACCACUCUUCCAUAUUUCUGUACUAUUUACGAUUCAAUUUCUGUGAUAUAUUUUUAAACCAUUCCAGGAAAAAUGAGAUAUUCUUUUAUUUAUUCUUCUAUAACUAACACUCCAUAUACCUCUAUGUAGUACUAAUCGCAUUGAAUAAUAGUUAUAAAAUUUUUGCAUAGACAUCUACUUUCUUAAAUAGAUUGUGAGUUCUGUGAGAAACAGCAUGGAUUUUACUUAUCUAUGUAUUCCCAGAGCUUAUCACAGUGCCUGGUAAUGAGCAAGCAUACUUGCUAUUACUGCCCCCACCACCCUCUCCGACGUCCAUUCACUUUAGAUUUUUCUCCGCAUGCCUGUAGUGUGCCACCAUACCUAGUUAGUGGUGGCUUACUCAGGAAGCUGAGGUGGAAGAAUUGAUUGAGCCUGGGAGGUGGAGGCUACAGUGAGCUGAGAUUGUGCCAUUGCACUCUAGCCUGGGAGAAA